AUGUCCGUCCUAUCCAAGACUCUCCGGUCAAUUACUCUGGCCAAGAUUCACGAACUCGAAUCUCGUCGCGAAUCCUAUGAGGCACACAAACGGCAGUUCUUGGCCAAGGCUUACGUUGCCAACGACGAACGGGAUCGUCUUGCAUGUCUGUUAGACGGCAUCAAGGAGCUCUAUCCCGCAGCUUCCAAGGACCCGUCCCUGGCUAAUAUGGAGCGCUGGCUAACCCAGUCCCGCUACGAUCCUUCCAUCCCAAAGACCAUGCUCGGCUCCUUCGACGAACAACUUCGCGCAAAGCUAGACGUUCAAGGCCGAAAACUCGCCGUGGCAGACCUGUACUCGAGACUCCUGACUGAAUGGCUGGAUCAGUCUCCAUCAGACCCCAAUCUGCCCCCCAACCCCUUGUUGAUUCCUCGGAAGCAACGCCUGAGGGAACUUGUCGACAAGUUCGAGUCGGUCGUCUUUGAGCACUUGAGACCAGUGGCUCUGACAUCCUCUCUUUUCUGGACGGGCUAUUUCCAGAUGAGGAGACGCAGACGGGCUCAUGCACGAGACGGCCCCAUUGAUCGAGAUUCCCUAACUCGCUGCAUCAAGGGUCUGCUGACCGAGGAUUUGCUCAGCGACGAGAAGCAGGCAAUCCUUCAGGACUUCCUCGGCAGUGGCGUGGCUCUGUCAGAGAUUGCCGACGUCCUAAACAUGCGCUUCUCUGAUCUCAAGCACUGGCAGUGGGACGCCGGCGAUGAAGGUAUCCGUGUCAUGCCACGCCAGCAGCUGAACGGCAAAUAUCGCAUCUGGGCCGACGAUGACAUCCUGCAGAUGAUAUCUGUACAGUAUAUUGGUAUUCGGCUGUGUAAUAUUCUUAAGACGGCCUUGAGAACCUUCGUGUCGAACCCAUCCGGCUGGACGCGUCAGUACCACACCGGCGACUCGUUCGCACCACAGGACAGUGUUGAGACCAGACGCAAGUCGGCCUAUCUCAAGACCUUUUUCCUUUCUCAGCUCCCCACUAAUGAGUCAAAACUGUUCGAGGGCGGCAGUGGAGCAUACAAUAACGACGACGACAAGCUCUCUUCAACAAGCCCACAGAAGCGCUCAAGCGUUAUGCAGAGGCUUCUUCGCCAGCUUACUUCCAAGUUGCUAAUUCAUCAACUGCAGGCCAAGGCAUACAGCUCCUCCACCAACACAGGCAGCAGUGUGGCACUGGUUCAGGCCAACCUGCAGUGGUAUGCUACCAGUCUUCCCCAUAGUACCAUCUAUUCCAUCGACUUCUUCAAGAAGUACCUCAAAGCUCCGUUGAACCUCAACUGCUCGUCCAACAAUAGGCCAAAGUUGGGACCCAGGAUCCGCAAGAGGGGGGUGCCAAUGGCACAUGCCUCAGAGAAGUUCACCAGCAAGCUUGUCUUAAUUUUCAUAGACUUCGCCGUGAACCGUCAAACCAGCCUACUACUCUACCAGCUUCAUGGCAAUAUCUGGCUCUGUGAGUUCAACAAGAAGAAAACCAGGUCUGUGUACCUAGCCAAGUCUUUCAAGUUGAAUGCAAAGGUAGCUAGUACGCUCCCUCCAGGACCCGUGACCAUCGGAUUUCUUCGCCUCGACCCUCGCUCGGCUGAGCGAUUCUUCAGCCACCACACGUUUAGGGAGCCGGCUUAUUGCUUCGGCCGCAAGCAUGUCGACAGUAUCCCUGUGACGUACAAGCGGAUGCAACGCUCCCUCUUCGAUGGGCGUGACGGUGCGGGAAGUAAUGCCGUGGACCAUCUCAAGCUCAUGACACGGACUAGGUUCGAUGCCACAGACAUCCCAGAUGCGUUCAUCCUUCUUUCCGAGCAACUUGGUGGCGAGAUUAUGCGAGAAUUUCUCGAGGAGGAGCACACGGACUACCUGGCCCUGAAGAAGCUUUUCGAGACCACGAGUGAGGCUGCCCUUCGGCGGCGCCUACACAACAUCUACCCAAACGAGAAUGCGCACCUCUUGACUACGUACACGAAACUCAUGUCAACCCCAGAGACCAAAGACAUCGUCCUCGGCAAAGAGGUUAAACAUGGUCUGAGUCACUUCGACUCAGAAAAGAAAUGGGCCCUGCUGCGAGAGGCUUGA